UCCGUUUCUUGUUGUGGUUUUCAGUGACGUUGGACGUAUGACAGUUAUGUGUCAUCUGUGUGUGUUACCUAUUUGACAGUGGUAUAGAUGACGCGUGCUGAGUAACUUCUCACAUUAGACAAAAUGGAAAAAUCGUCCAAGCCAAACAUGAAUGCUUCCUCUCUGAUAGAUUUGAAAGCUGAGCUGUAUCGGAAGCAUGAAGAGUUCAAGCAGCUGAAGAACACAACCGGAACACUGAUCAAAGGAAGAACUCAGGAAAAGACUAAGCCUGACCUGUUCAGUCAGAAGAAUAAGGGUGUGUUGGAACGAGCACAGCGGGACCUGGCGGAGAAGGUGGAGGAAGAAGAUGUACUUGUCAGGUCAAGAAAAGCUUUAGAAGCCAAAGCCAAGUUGUAUGACAAGAUCUCUUCCAGUUCGGAAAUUCCAGAGGAAGAUGGCAGUGGAGUGUUCCUUGUUGAUUUCCAGAAGAAGGUUAUCGACAAUAUCGUGGAGACGAGAGACAGAGAGAAUAGCAAGGGGAGACAACUCCCAUCAGACAAACAGGAUGAAGAGAUGCUGUCUGAACCUGUUCCUCCACCAUCAGACCCCCAGGAGGAGUGGGUGGACUACACGGACUCCCUUGGCAGAUCUCGGCGCUGUAUGAAGAAAGACUUGCCACAGUUGAUCCAACAGGACAAGGACAUGGCUGAAGUCAGAGGGCUGAAGUCAGAGGUCACUUUAUUAACAUUGCUAAGUACUGCUGUCAGGGUUGAGUUCAUAAUGUUCCAUCCGGUCAUGGUUUGUGGAUUUGUUAUUGAGGUUUAUUUGCUUGUUGUAGAGAUCCGAACCCAUGGAGUUGGAUUCUACCAGUUUGACAAGGACACAGAGAAACGUCAGGAACAGAUGGAUGCAUUGAACGAGCUGAGGGAUCAGACGAAAGAUGAGCGAGGUCGACGAGAGAGGCUCAAAGAGAAGAGAAAGGCCAUGUUGGAUGCUCGACUGGCCAAGGUCAAACAGAGACGAAGACUGAAGGAGGGGGUGCCACUAGCUGAAGAGCCAGCCUCAGAGGAGGAAGAGAUUGGACCCAGGUUGGAGGAGAUGCUAUCUGGACAGAGACGGGUACCAGAGAGGAAGGAGGUGAAACAGGAUAACGCUGAGAUUGAGCCUCUUAAACGGGAUGACAGCUGGAAGAAGGAGGCGCCCGAGAGGGAGUGGGACAAGGGCAAAGAGAAAACCCUCGCCUUCAAGGAAGAGAGAUAUUUCUCGCAGCGCCGGGAUGAACGGCUGGAUGAGUUCGCGCCACCAUCUGCAUACUUUGACUCCCCUCAAGAUAGACAACCACCAAAGAAAAAAAUCUACCAUCAGCAAACACUACAAUAUUUCGAUGCAGACUUUAAACCAAAAACUGUCAUACUGACCAGAGAAAGUAUAGAAACUAAACGUCAACCAGGUAUCGUUGAUGUGAGUGAAAUACCUCUACCAACUAACAUCAGGAAAACAGACUGUACACAGGAAGACAACAAAAAGGAUGGAGAAAUUUUGAAGAAUAGCAUGAUUCAUAAACCUCCAGGGGCACCACCUGGCUUUGUCUUACCCCCAGACUUCUCUGUUCCUCCCCCUGGGUUCCAGCCACCUCCCCAGUGGGGCAUCCAGCCUCCGGUUCCCCCAAGCUCAUCCUUGUAUCCCAGUCAUGAUGUCUGUCCUCCUGAGUCAGCCACGGCACAUGUCGGUCUUCAGUUCCCGAACAUCUCAGUUCCCCCCCCAAAUACCUUUGGCCAUCCACCCGACACCUAUGUCCCACCCCCUAACAACUAUGUCCCACCUCCAGCCACCUCAAUCCAUCCACAGAACACCUCACUCCCUCCCCCACCGCCUGGUGUCGCAUUGGGACCUCCACGGUCAUCUUAUGGGACAGAGAUGGGAGCAGACGACGCUUCAACUCCAUCUUCCUAUCCAACACCACACACAUACAGUUCAGGAACUUUUGGAACAGAUGUGCAGGAAAAGCCUAUUUUCGUCCCACGGACAUCAGUUCUGGACACUCGUCUUGUCCAGAACGAGGACAGUGAGACCCCGGCUGUGUGUGGUGGUGUUCCCGAUGUCCUGGCUCAGCCCUACCAGCCUGGCAGUUUCACGGCUGCCCUACAAGCCCAGCAUCAGGCCACCGAGGAUUUAGCCACAGCAUCACGGGAUAAGGCUCACUUCCGUGGUGGACCAGUCAUUUAUAAACAUGAACCAGUCGUGACGGUUGCUGAGAAGGCUGUUGUUGAGUCUGAGCCCGUGGCUUGUGGACCGUCAACAGAAGAUGUAGUUGCAACCUUCUUGAAACAGAUUAAAGACAGUGUGUGAAUGUGAAAAUGAAACUAUUACAUAUAAAAAGUAUUUAUAAUAAUAAUAAUAAUAAUAAAGUAUCAUCUACAUGAA